UGAGGGCCACCCCCCUAGCCUUGGGUCAGCAGCCUGUGGGUGGCUUAGCUUGGCUGGGACAGAAUCAGAAAAGCUGGGGGUUAAUUUAAAAAAAUCACCACAUAUUAGAAAACAAGAAAGACAGCGUGACCAUCAGCUAAGUCCCAAGAUCAAUGGCUGGGAAACUGGUGAGGGGACCAAUCUCCAUUGCUAACGGGAAAUUGCUACGGGAGUUUUGAGUCCUUAUUUUAUUUUGGUGUUUCAAUUAUGGGUGCCUUGGGUUCUAAUUUUUUAUUGUGUUUUUUAUUUUGCAUUUUAAUGUUCAUGUUAUUGGUUUUUGUAUUUUGGAAAGAGCUGCUUAUGGCACACUGCUAAAGGAAAAUCCUUGGGCUCACUUGGAUUGCCAAACAAAGACACCAGCCAAGCGUAUUAGAGCAAAACAGCAGCCUGUAGGCCUGGUCUUUAUUCAAAAGACUUUAUUCAAACAGGACUUCCCCCCACCCCAUAGAAGAAGCAGGAAGAAGCCCAGAACAAAGGAUAGCUCCCUUUAUAUAUAUAUAUGUUUCCCUUUUUACAGACAACACCUUAGUGUAGCACCACACAUACAUCAUAUAUACAUCACAGCUAUGUCACAAUCUGGGAGGGGUCUUCUGGCAGAAACCUGUUCACCAGGUCUGUUCUCAUCCCUCCCUUGACCUCCAGCUCACACCCAUUAAGUAACACAAAAGAUGUACAUGUUCCUGUUCUCCUGGUCAAGUUAAUCCAGGCAUAGGCAAACUUGGCUCUCCAGAUGUUUUGGGACUACAACACCCAUGAUCCCUAGCUAACAGGACCAGUGGUCAGGGAUGAUGUGAACUGUAGUCCCAAAACAGCUGGAGGGCUGAGUUUGCCUAUGCCUGAGUUAAUCACACCCCUUUUGUCUUGACCAAGAUCCUAAUGAACUGAAAUUGGAUUUACUAUUAUCCCUGGAAUGACUACCUGUCUGGCACCCAGGUGUCAGGAUGCCAGAGAUUAUCCCCCAGGCAGAGGGGCUGCUGGGCUCAUUCUUUAGGGAGUUUGGCUGCCUUCACUCAUGUCCCAAGAUUCCCCCUUGGUAGCCAUUUCCUUCCUGAACAGAAAAACAUUGGAAUGGCGUAAAUCCAAGGCUGGAGUGAUUUUAUGUGAAUCUUCUGAAGGUUUUGUGCCACAAGGGAAGGUGAAUACUAUGUAACCUUGAACAAGAUACAAUGCAGCAAAACUGUGGUGGGUUUUAUGGGGGUAUUUACAAAAUUGAAUGGGGUCUGUUUGGGGCAUGAUCUGGGGUGCAGUGUCCCGUUUAACUGGAAACAACUCCCCAACCUUCUCAAAAAUUCCGGUAACAACACAAAUCACUAAAUGUAUAAUAAUAAUUCUCUUUCUCCCUCUGCUACAACCAUUCUUUCUUGUAACCUCCUUUGAUCCCACUAGCUUCCACCCAGCGUAGACCCAUUCAGAGUCAGGGGCCGGAGUUAUUCCUUCUCAUUCAUUUCAAUGGGUCUACUCUGAGCAUGGCUGAUGUCAGAUGCAAGCCAGAGCCCCAGGAUUACAUUCCUGGAAAGGCUUUUGCCUCUGCCUCUUCCUCAUGCUGACACCCUCCCUCUUGUCAGCCUCCUACUGUAGCUUCCUUGGGGCAGAGACCUGCUUGUGUGGCAGAUGCCACGCAUUCUCUCCCCUCAUCCUUCUCCCUCUUCCUCCACAGUUCCCCGAAACAGAUAUUGGGGAUUCCGAGGAUGUGUGCAGGAGGAGCCCCCUGAGCUUAGAAACCCUGGGGGGCUCUGAAGACAUCAAAGAGGUACAUGGCAGAGAGAGGAGGGCCACCUUCUGGACGGGUCGCGAGCAAGGGGGCAGGCGGCAGGGGGCUGCUGAGGGCAGGCUGUGCUUGCUGCCCCACUCGUCCUGAUGGACCAGCCCCCCAUGGCGCCAGGGCUGGACGGCUUCCCUGGCAAGCGAAUCAUUGCAGGCAGGAGGGUUUGGCUUCUGGGUUCCUGCCUCUCUCGUUCUGGGCUGCUGUCUUUUUCUUCACUGUCCCCCACCCCCUCGGGGGUCCUGUCUCUGCCAGCAGUCGGCAUCUGAGGGCCAAGAACCUCGUGACAAAGCGGCUAGCAAGGAGGAAGAGCCCAAGGAAGAGCCGGGCAGCCCCCUGGAGGGAGAAGGCGAGGGCAGGAAGGAGACCCCCAGACCACAGGGCACAGAUUUGCUGGAUUUUCGAUGGGUAGGUGGCAGCGGCCCAGGGGGCAAUUGGCAGAAGGGGAGGGGGCAUAUCAACCCCACAACUGUUGCAACAAGGUCCUCACACUCCCCACAAGGGAGGAAGGAGAACCUAGAACAUGGUGUGCAAGCCCUUACAUAGACUUUUGAAAUUGCCCACCCUGUAGCCCAAGACCCCCCCCCCCCAAGGACAUACAUCACAGAAGGAGGCGUCUACAGCAGACAUCCUGUCUGUCAGGAUACCUGUUAAUGGUCCCUGAUUGCAAUGCCUGGGCAGCCUGGCCAUUCUUUUGUAAUGGCAAAGUAUUUUGUAAUACUCAGUUCCUGAAUCCAGAUCACAGGCACAAAUAUGCCCUUGAGACAGGAUUUGGGAGCAAAAAGACAAUGGGGAGGCUUUCCCAUUUCCUUCCUCACUGCAGAGGAAUAUUUGAGGUCCCUGAGAGAGUCAAAAUGGUUUCAGGAUUGCUCUCCUCUACUAUUUCAGACACGUGGUUUAUAUACUUAUGUUUGUGUUUGCCUUGUACAUUUAUGAACAGGUCUUUUAUAUCUGAGACCAUAGAAUUCUUAUAACACUGUUCUUCAAACUUCUUCAUAUUGCUGUUUUUGUUUGGAAUUUGUCCCACAGCUGCAGGAAAAGGAAGAAAAGGGGUUACUACAAGAGCAGCUGUGGCCCCCACCUGACAACAACAAAGAAGACCCCCUGGAGCCCAGAGUCAAAGAGGUCAGAAGCACGUAGUAACUGAGUCCUAGGAACUGCCUGCCACCAGAACUGGUGAGAUGGCAGGAUUGGGUGGCCCUAAGUUGGAUUGGGUGGCCCUUGAAGACAAAUCCCAAGAAAAGAGUGCGCAAAUUUCUAUGGAACGGGACUGGGCUGAAGAUGUGGCCCUCCAGAUGUUGCUGGACUGAACUGCAACUCCCAUAGUCACUGCAUGCUUGCUGGGAGUUAUAGUUUUGCAACAUCUGGAUGGCCAAAGGGAUAGAUUUAGGAAUAAGGGCUGAAAUUUGAAUAGAAGCACAACCCACCACUCCACAGUAGGGGGGCUGAGAACCAGGAUAGUACAGGGUUGUUACUUACAAGGUCAAACAAGGGAGCAUGAUUUCACUUCUUGCUUGGCAAUGAUGGCUUACACCCAUCCACCCAUUAAUGCAGAGACACGGGUGCGCAUGCCCCAAUCUCCAGGGGUUCCAGGCAAGAUACGCUUUUCAACAUCAUGAUAUAUCACCAGCUAAACAUCGCAAUGUCCCCCUAUAUCUCGAUGUCUGAAAUAAAGUUGAAGCUGUGUAGAGCCCUUGGCUGGUUUUCCCCAUGUUGGGAUUUUUGCACAGCACACGAACACGCAGCUCAUGAUUUGCAAUAUAUUGCCAGGUCAAAAAUCAUGAAACCUCAGGAAAAGCGGGGCGUUCUGUUCUGGGAGCAAAUCAGGAACCGGGACGGCUUCUGUAAAUCCAGGAGUGUCCUGGGAAAAUAGGGAGUCUUGGAGGGUCUCAAUUCUCCCAAACCAACCCUGCAAUCCUACAGAUUUAACACUCCAGCGCGACUCAGUUUCACUUCAUUAGAUUGCAGCCUUGUUUUCUUUUUUCUCUGAAAAAUUCAAGGUCCUUCCUUAUGACAAUGCUAAGCCAGACCAACUUGCAAGGGCCACAGCGGAUCACGAGGCUUACUACCUGGCCGAUGACGAGGAAACGCUCCUGGGCGACUCCUGCGCCUCCACAGGCUACUUCCCCUGCUACCGGACCUACGAGGAGUUCCCCCGCUACCAGCCCCCCGGGGACAGAGAGAGUGGGGCCCCCCGAGCGGGCAGAAAGAAGAUCCCCCCCACCAAGGGGCAGGGAGCCCCCCACAGCCCCCCAUCGCCCCUGCCAGCGGCCAGUGGGAGCAGGAAGUGCCCUCAAAAGAGGAAAAACCGAGGGGCCCCGGAGAAGGAGCAGGCCCCAGAAGGGGGGCUGAAGCCGCGGCUGCAAGACCAGCGCUCCCUGCCCCCCAACCCAGAGCAGGUGGGCGCGACGUGAGUUCAAAUUCUGGGCGCGGCCCAGCAAGCAUACCCUCCCAAUUUAAUCCAAUGGAAAUAGGGACGUAUUAUUCAAUAAUAAUAAUUUUAUUAUUAUACCCUGUACAUCUAACUGGGUUGCCCCAGCCACUCUAGACAGCUUCCAGCAUAUAUAAAGAGCAUUGAAAAACGUCCCUCUGCAGGGCUGUCUUCAGAUGUCCGCAAAAGGUUGUUACUUCUCUCCUUUGCUCGGGGUUCACAUGACUCCUUAAUUUCCCCAAUGAAAACAGGACCUCCUAAGGAAAAGCGGGACAUUCCGGGAUCACAUAGAAAAGUGGGGCGGCUUCUGUAAAUCUGGGUCCGUCCCUGGAAAAAAGGGCCACUGGGAGAGUCUGCAGCAGGGCUUGUGGCGCAGCGGUCGAGUGCCAUGGCUUUGCAGGGGACGAGGUCCAAGGUCGCCCCCAGGUGUGCAGGUGCCUUGUGGGAGCAGCUGUUAGUUCGCCACACCUAAGCUGUGUGGAUCCUCAGAGAUCUCCUCUCCCUGCAGCUCCUUCCAGAGCCCUGGGGUCAGGCGCAGGCAAGCAAGGCUCUGUUGUCAGUGAAACUGACUCUUCACUCAGGGAAAUAAAUGGACAAUUCGGCCUAGUGGUCUCAGCAAGCCUUAACAGCAGGUCUUGCCCCCAUGGAGCCAUUGCCAGGACUGAAGGUCCCUGCCUUCCAACUCUCUAAGGCUUCUCCUCUCCCAGACGUUUCCCUAGCAAUCUCAAACUGUGUCUGCGCACAGUCAAUCCCUUUCCAUUUCUCUGUGCAUCCUCAGAGACCCAGGGCAGGGGAGCUUGGGGCAGCCGGAAAGAGAGACUCUUCUGAAUUGCUCCCUGUCUCAGGCUCUCCCUGCUCCCUAAACCCUGCUGCCCCGUCAGCGUCCGGCUCCUCCUCUCAUUCCUCUGACCUCUCCUCCUCGGUGUCCCACCACCAGUCCCCUGGCUCUGGGCCUGCCUCCUUGGGGUCUCCCUCAGGUAGGGGCUCCCCAGCUGGAGCCACCCACCAGCCCUCUUGGCUCUCUCAAAAUCGGAAAGGUGCCCACUGCUCUGCGCUGGCUGACGAGGUCGCAGCUGGCACAGGGAGGGGAAGCCCCUGCAACCCUCCACAAUUCUUUGUGGAGAACAGCCUCUGCAGUUCUUCAGCAUCCAGCCCUGCCUGUGGGCAGCCUAGCCAUAGGCCCUCCUGACCUCAAGCCAGGCAUGGGAAUAAUUGAUUAUGUUGAGGCCGCCCAUCUGAGUGGGUGGUUCCCAACACAUAUGAAAACAUAAAAAAUGUAAAACAUUAAACUGCCUUCAGAUAUCUUCUGAAAGUCAGGAGGAUGUUUAUUUCCUUGACAUCUGAUGGACUGGGUGCCACUUCCGAGAAGGCUCUGAGCCUGGUUCCCUGUAACCUCACUUCUCGCAGGGAGGGAACCAGCAGAAGACCCUCAGAGCCGGACCUCAGUGGCUGGGCUGAACGAUGGGGAGGUGCUGCUUCAGGUAUACAGGGCCGAGGCCGUUCAGGGCUUUACAGGUCAGUACCAGGUCCUUGAAUUGUGCUUGGAAACGUACUGGGAGCCAGUGGAGGUCUUUCAGGACCGGUGUUAUGUGGUCCCAGUCACUAGUCUAGUUGCCGCAUUCAAGGUUAGUUGUUUCCAAGCCACCUUCCAUUGCAGUAGUCCAAGUGGGAAGUAACCAGGGCAUGGACCGCUCUGGCGAGACAGGGAGCAGGCAGGGAGGGUCUCAGAUGGAGCUAGUAGCCCGGGACACAGAAUUGACCUGCGCCUCCAUGGACAGCUGAGAGUCCAAAAGGACCCCCAGGCUGUGCACCUGCUCCUUUGGGGGCACAGUUACCCUAUUCAGGACCAUCUGAAGAGUAACCAGUUUCCCAAAACCCUUGGGCUGGAGGUAAUUUGUUUGCUUUUCUCGCAGGUCAGGCUAGAGACGGAAGGAGGAAGAACAAGUCCCCAGCAGUGCCCUUCUGCUGGGAGUCGCCCCUCAGUCAAGGAGAGUCACCACACCCCCUCAGAGCCCCGCACGACCCCCUCACGCCUCAGCCUCCAAUUCCUGGUCUCCUGGGUCCGGAAGAUCUUCAGGAAAGCGCCGUCGCCGCAGCCUCCACCACAACCCAGUACCAGCAGUGGGGCGCAAGUGGGGAGGCCGCUGGCCAGGCGGCUGGGGCGGUGGAUUGCCCAGUACCGCGGUCGCAUCCACCCCCGGUCGAUGUGACUCAGACGUUGGAGGUCCGGUUGGGGUGUGUUGCAGGGUAUUUUGCAGAAGCCAACCAUUUCCAUUAAAAUUCCCGCUAUCUUCUUGGCUCACAACACAGAA